AUGAUGAAAGAAUUCGAAUACAAUGUCCUUGCAAGCCGAGUCGUCUUUGGUUCCGGCAGUGUCAAGAAGCUCCCGGGCGAGAUGGAGCGUCUCAAGGUUUCUCGACCACUCCUACUCUCAACGCCUGGAAAGAGCCAUUGGACAAAUCAGCUCUCCGAUCUCAUACAAGGCGCUUCCAUGACUGCAGCCGGUACCUUUGCGCAGGCAAAGGCACACACGCCAAUCCCGGUGACUGAAGAAGCAACAGCCUUGCUCAAUUCAAUAGCAGCAGACUGCGUGAUUUCCAUUGGCGGCGGCUCAGUAGUUGGCCUAGGUAAGGCUAUCUCUAUUCGCACGGGAGUGCCUCAUAUCAGCAUACCCACGACUUAUGCCGGCUCUGAAAUGACGCCCCACCUCGGCGAAACCCAAGAUGGCAUCAAGACCACACGAUCGGAUCCCAAGAUUCUGCCUGAAGUUGUUAUAUAUGACGUCGACUUUACAAUGACGCUGCCGCUCGCAAUCUGUAGUUCAUCAGGGAUCAAUGCAAUUGCUCAUGCCAUAGAGGCUCUCUACGCGAAGAAUACCAGCCCCAUUAUUUCAAUGCUUGCGCUGGAAGGUAUAAAGGCGCUGGCAGAGUCUCUACCUCAGAUCGUUCAGGACUCCAACGCUAAAAUCCCGAGGGACAAGGCGCUGUUCGGCUCUUGGCUUUGUGGUGCUGUGCUGGGCAGCUCGUCGAUGGGUCUGCACCAUAAACUCUGCCAUGUCCUUGGAGGAUCGAUGUUACUCCCUCAUGCCGAGACACACACCAUCGUUCUGCCACAUGCGUUGUCUUAUAAUGCACCUGUCAUCCCUGAGCAGAUGGCCAAAUUGGCUGCUGUUCUUCCCGGAAGCGGUGGAGAUGCCUUGAGUGGUCUAGAGCUGCUAAUAGGAAAGUUGCCAGUGCCUCGGACAUUAAGAGACUUGGGAAUGGAGGAGAGCGAUGUUGAUAGAGCGACCGAAAUAGCCACUCGUAAUCAAUAUCCAAAUCCGCGGGCAUUGGAGCCGGAAUGGAUACACGAGCUUAUGCGACGGGCUUGGGCAGGGGAAACUGCCAAGGCAGAUUUAUGCAGUAUGUAA